AUGUUUCUAUUGCUCUUUGUCCUUAAGAAAGUACAUUUGAAAAUCUUCUCGGUAAAUUGCCAAAAAUAUCAUCAGCAAGCAAGAAUCCAACUAAAUAAAUCAGAUUCUUGCUAUUAUAAAAGAAAGAGAACAUCUGUGCAUGUCUAUGUUCGAACCUCACAUUUACCACUCCUAUUGUUUUUCAAUUCAUAUAAACAUCAGAAUAAAGUUCGACCAAAGAUUAACUCGUGUACAAUGAUGCUCAUUAGGUAUACUCAGAUGAACGAUGAUGAGUGA